AUGGCUAACUCACUCCCGUUUGGUAAUAUCCAGGUGCCCGUGCCUGGUUUCGGUGCUAUGGGACUUAGCUAUGGACUGGGAACCAACCUUGAUUUCGACCAGGCUGAGCCAGUCCUUCUGAAGGCGAUUGAGCUCGGCUGCACAUUUUGGGAUACUGCAGUCGUCUAUGGGAGCGGCAUCAACGAGAAGUUGUUGGGCGACUUCAUCAGGAAGCAUAAUGUUCGCGACAAGAUAUUCAUUGCGUCCAAGUGUGGCUUCGACGUCUUCGGGCCCGAACGAAGAGUCACAAACUCAGCAGCUCACAUCAAGGAGUACAUCGACGGGACGAUUGAGAGGUUGGGUUUCGCUCCCGACCUCUACUACCUCCACAGGAUCGAUCCGAACACCCCGCUUGAAGAGUCAAUUGGUAUGCUCGAUGAGAUCCGACGUGCCGGAAAGACGAAAUACAUCGGUCUUUCCGAGUGUUCCGCUGCAACCUUGCGCAGAGCAAACUCGAUUGCUAAGAUAGAUGCCAUCCAAGCCGAAUACUCAGCAUUCGAGACUCUGCACGAGACUAAUGGUCUCAUCGACACUGCUAAGGAAUUGAGCGUGGCGUUCGUGGCUUUUAGUCCUCUGGGCCACGGUUGGCUAGUGGAUGACUUUCGCUUUAACUCCCCUGAUGACUUUGCGGCCGAUGAUUUCCGGCGCACCGUUCCCAAGUUUCAAGGCGAGAACUUUUACAAGAACAAGGCAAUCGUGGACGAGAUUAAGAAGUUGGCAACAAAGAAAGGGUGCACCAUCGCGCAGAUCGCUUUGGCUUGGGUUGCUGCGCAAGGGCUCAUAGCCAUCCCAGGCACGACCAAGGCAUCACGCCUAGUUGAGAACUGGGGUUCUCGGGAGGUUGUGCUGACGAAAGAGGAGCAGGAGGAAAUGCGCAAGAUCGUCAACGAAGCCAAGCCGACUGGGAACAGAUAUGCCCCUAUGUUCCAGGCAUUGGUCGGCCACUAG